GCGAGGAGGGGGGGAAGGGGGUGUCCCGUCGGCACGCGCAGACAGCAGGGAGCAGCUGCAGCGAGAGGAUCGCAUAGCGUUUUCAGUGUGUUGCAAGCAGCCAACAUUUUGACAUUUCAUUCAAAAAAGAAAGAACACCGCUUAAAAACCCAACAGCAAGUAAAAUGGUAGAUCGCGAGCAGCUGGUGCAGAAAGCCAGAUUGGCUGAACAGGCUGAAAGAUACGAUGAUAUGGCAGCUGCCAUGAAAUCGGUGACGGAGCUGAACGAGGCCCUGUCCAAUGAGGAGAGGAACCUGCUGUCGGUAGCCUAUAAGAACGUUGUGGGCGCGCGUCGCUCAUCCUGGCGGGUCAUCUCCAGCAUCGAGCAGAAGACCUCGGCCGACGGCAACGAGAAGAAGAUCGAGAUGGUGCGGGCCUACCGCGAGAAGAUCGAGAAGGAGCUGGAGGCCGUGUGCCAGGACGUGCUCAACCUGCUGGACAACUACCUGAUCAAGAACUGCAGCGACACGCAGCACGAGAGCAAGGUCUUCUACCUGAAGAUGAAGGGCGACUACUACCGCUACCUGGCCGAGGUGGCCACGGGCGAGAAGAGGGCCACAGUGGUGGAGUCCUCCGAGAAGGCCUACAAUGAGGCCCACGAGAUCAGCAAGGAGCACAUGCAGCCCACCCACCCCAUCCGCUUGGGCCUGGCCCUCAACUACUCCGUCUUCUACUACGAGAUCCAGAACGCCCCCGAGCAGGCCUGCCACCUGGCCAAGACCGCCUUCGACGACGCUAUCGCCGAGCUGGACACCCUCAACGAAGACUCCUACAAAGACUCCACCCUCAUCAUGCAGCUACUCCGCGACAACUUGACACUGUGGACGAGCGACCAGCAGGACGACGAGGGAGGGGAGGGCAACAACUAGAAACAGAGCCGCGCCCUGCGAAAACGCAACGUUCCGGCGGGCCUUGGCAGCCGCCGUUGCCAACGCUACAGCCGCAGCUGUUCUUUAUUUUUCCACAAGUUUAAAGAGUUAAAAAUAAACAAAUGAGAAAGAGGUGUAAGAUGGGGAGAUUAAAUCUUAGCUGAAAUAUAUAUCUAUAUAUAGUUAAAAAAAAUCUCCUUCUUCGUAGCCUCUUUGAUAUUUGCCAAAACCACUUAGAGGAAAAAAAAAGUCAGUCAGUCAGAAGAGGCUGUUGGGUUGAAGCGACAGCCUCGCACUGGCAUAUGGACUGUUCUUGUAGUACAAAGUGGAGCUGCUUAUUUAUCUUUAGGGGUGAAGAAGCUUUUUUUUAAAAAACAGUAGGGAGACUGAAGCAAAAGCUUGAAUGUUAUAGCCUCGCGAAAUCGGUUUGCAGUGGUUCCAGUAUGCAAGAGGAACAUGCCAUGUUUUAGUCAUUUCAGAAAUACUUUAAGGGAAUCCAGUGUAUACCAAAAACUGAACUAAUUCAUACAAUCAGGACUGUGGCUGUGAAAAUUUGAAAUAAAUAAGCAUUUUAAAAUAUGUCAGGAUGCAUUAAAAAUAUGUAGUAAUCCCUGUAAAAUUAAUAUCCAUAUGGCAAAUGAAUGGCAAAUGAAUAUUAGACAGUAACAAUCUAUGUCUCUUUGUGUAGGAUUCCUCAAUGUUUAGAUGUAAAACUAUGUAGAUUAGGCUUUUUGGUGCACAAAAUCUGUAUUUCAGAUGCAUAAAAAUACAAUCACUCUGUCCCUUAAAAACCCCUUAAAAACAGAAUCAGAUGGAACCAUGGGGGCUUUUUGCUGGGUAAGGCACAGUUGAAGGCAAAAAUGAACAGACCUAAACGAAAGACGAUCUUAAAGCAGCUUUGAAGUUUGUGGUUUACUUUUGUGUUUUUUUUUUCUUUUAAAGAAAUGCACUUGCCUAUUAUACUGUUUCUUCAGUGUAAGACGAUUACUUCUUCACUAUUCUCGAUAAUUAAAUAUUGUGCAUGCUGGUGAUGUAUUUAUAUACGGUAGCUUG